ACGGUGUCACCGUGUUGGCAUCCCAUUUGAUCCUCUAUGUACAUCAGCUUUAGAGAACCUUGGUUUUUAUCAGAUUGCUAAGAUGAGGAAAAUCAAUGUCGGCAAAUACUUGAUAUCGGCAUUGGUGGAGCGUUGGCGGCCCGAGACAAAUAGUUUUCACCUACCUGUAGGAGAAAUGACUAUUACGUUGCAAGAUGUCAGUUGUUGGUGGGGGUUGCCUAUCCAGGGUAAACCACUUGUUGGCAAAGCUGAUGCACAAUGGUCAGAAUUAGUUGAGAGGUUGUUUGGGAUUCCUGUGGAUGAACAACACAUGAAACAAAAAAAGGAUUUAGGACAACAAACAGAGUAUAAUUGGAGAGUAGCUGCCCUUGAUGUGCUGUAUAGACAAUUGAGCAUGGGUGCUAAGAAGGGGAGACUAGAAAUUUCAGGGCCUUUAUUGCCGCUACAGUUAUGGUCUUGGUCCCGUUUGCCACUUGGUCGCCCUAAAGUUAUUUUUGAGAAGCCCAAAGAAGGAGAUGAACCUGAUGAAGAAGAAGAUGAACACGAAGUACACUUGGAUUAUAACCCUGUUUUUGGAGCAAAGUGGUGUGAUGCACAUGCGUUUGAUGUCCCUCACAAUGCUGGUACUGAAUAUUAUCGAAAUCAAAUUGAUUUGAUUCGAGAAGGUGUAGUUGAUUGGCAACCAUAUGAUGAUCUUCUAGAGCAGAUGCCUUUCGAAGUUCAUCAAGAUUCUGAUUGGUGGUUUGCUAGAGUACCGCUCAUGCAUUUUUGGAUUGUGGAGUUCCACUAUCCACAUAAGGUGAUGCGGCAAUUUGGAUUAAGACAACCCAUUCCACCUUCUCUUCCACGUGGCGAGGCAGAGGUUCGGAGACUUCGAAAACUUAAGCAUUCUGCAGGAAAAUCAAAUGAUUGGGAGUUAGUCCAUGCGAAUUAUGUUCAAGAAUACAAUCGUGUUGAAGCAAGAGUGUGGCCAGAGGACAUUCACUUUGAUGUAGCUAGUUUACCUGAGUAUAGACAUUGGUUCCAGCAAAAUGGUAUGUACACAAUAUUAUUUGACUCUCAAUGCUUAGGAGGCCUAAAUGAACCUAUCACAUAUCCUCGAGAUAGCAUCGAAUGGACCGGCUACAUGCCUAGCGGCCCGCCAUUGGCUCACAAUAGCCUACGUGAGAUAAAGGAUGCUGCAUGGGGGAUCAAAUGUGCUACUACUACUGGAUGCAAGAAGAUAGGAAGAUCUAUAUUGAGGUCUUGUGUAGGAAACCUGAUGGAUCUGAACAUGGAGCCUAGGCUAUGA